AUGGACCGAAUUCCAGGAGGUCAGCUUCUCGAAUUUCUAAGACCUAACAGGACUGCCGCGGAGGUGGAAAUGGAUGACGAGCCAGUAGAAGAUCUUUUCCCUCCAGGCAUAUUCGAACCUCCACAGGAUGAAAAUGAGAUGUUCGAAUACUCUGACGAGAACGAGAGCUAUGAUGAUGGUUAUGGUCGGCGUCCAUUAGUAGAAGCUCCCAAACCACCACCAUUCCCGGCCAACUACAUACCAGCAACACCAUUCAGCACGCCGUAUCGUAGCAUCUUCACACUGAAUACGACACCGGAGCAUGCGCCGAAUCUCCUGAAAUUAAUAUCCCACGCACCAUGUUCGUACACUUCGACAGCAGGCAUCGCUCCCAGCAUGUUACAGCUCAAACAACACGCCCACAGCUUGGUAGCACUCAUAAAGAAUAUCAGUGUAUCAAGUCGAGGAGGAGUUAUUGACAAUGUCAACUCUGGCGAACCCAAUCUUGAGCCUCUCCAGUUUAUCGACGGAGAAACAUUCGAUUUCCUAAAUGAUCUCUCCACUCCUUACACCGGCCCGAAAGACCCAGCUUCCAAAGUACACCAUGAGAUGCCGCUUACAGCACUUCUCAAUGUCCUAGAGGAGCACAAUAUUCCUCUCGAAGGACAGGAGCCGAGACCAACAUACAAAGUUCGAAACAUCUGCCCGUUACACCAUGUAGAAGAUCACCCUCAUCCACCGACUUCCCAGCCUCUACCAUACGCUACACAUCAAGCACUCAUCUCGCACGCCAAUGAGAUUCUUGAGUUGCUGGAUCAUGAAUACAUGGCCAAAGGGGGCUUGCUUGCUGUAUUGCCGCUCAAAGAAGAUAAGGAAGAGCGUGAAAAGACAGGUUCAACACUUUUGGGACAGCUCAUGCUCUAUGUUAAUCGUUUGGUCCAACGCCUGCAUGAUCUUGAGCGUCUUUAUGCAAAUUCAAUGGACGUUUUGGCAGGAGAAGCGGCGAUCCCAGCACAGACACUAUCUGCUUUAGGACCAAGUGGACGAAGGGGUCGCGAAAUCGUCUAUCCGCAAGACAGAUUCGUGUUAGUAAACAGCGGGGAGGAUGUCUGGAAUCAUCUUGAUACGGAGUUCUCUCGACGCGAGAGAGUCGAGGAGAGAGUAAUGGAACAAUACAAAGAACUCGGCUUGACAGGCGAGAAGCUCUGGGAGAACGAUGGAGAAAAGGAGAUGAGUCGCGGUAUCACCGCACUUGAUGUCACAACGCGCUACUUUCGACUUCGGAACGAUCCUCUGAAAACCAUCUUCAUCAUCCCAGCAUGGCAGCAACAUCCAGGCACCAAAGUGACACGCGAUUUGGAAGCCGUGCCAACCGUAGUCUCAGUUGUGAAACCCGUCUGGCCUGAAAGAGCUAGUAUGUAUGAGCAAAAGCAUCGUCAAGAAAUCGAGGACUACAAACGCUUGAAAGGAGAAUUUUACAGUCUUCGAAAUAAAGUAAAGAUUCUUUCCCAGUCAAACACGGUUCUAGAGUCCCAAUUCGAGCUCAAGAAUGGAGAAAUCAGAACUCUCAAGAAGAAAAUAGAAGAGCUGAAAGCAAUUACCGAUGGCGACGAAAGCGAUCUCGCGAAGUCGAAGGCAGAACAGAUCCAAGCCCUUGGUCUUCUUCAUGCAAAGAAAGAAGACGCAGAUCGCGCUCUGCAGGAAUCCGAAGCCCUCCGUACAGAAGCAGUAGAGGAAAAGAGGAAAGCUGUUAUUGAGCGCGAGAAAGCUGAGCAAAUCAACCGCGAGGAAUCUUUGGCCUACUCCAGACGCCGUGCGGCAUUGGAAGAAGAGUUCUCCAAGAAGCUCCAGGCUCUCCAACAACGCGAUAUCGAAAAUGGCGAAGCAGCAGUGGAACUUGAUAAGAAGGUCAAAGCCAGAUGGCGAAAGCAGAUUGUAGAAACGCAGAUCGUUUUCGAGGAAUUGAAAGCAAAGCAGAUUGAAAUUGGGAAGGGGAAGAUUGGGGAUCAGAGCGUGAAGUUAGGUACUACCAGGGGUACGAAAAUUGCUGUGGAAGAGGGGUUGUUGAACACAAUGGUCCCUAGAGAGGAUAGCGUAGAGAUCAGAUUUCCCGGGGAUGGCCAGAGCCUGAUGGAUUCUGAUGAUUGGAGUAGUAAUGUGGUCUAUGGCGACAUGAGUAGCGUGCAAUCGUUGGAUUUCUCGAGUAUUGUUGGAAGUGAAUAG